AUGGGUUGGAGAAGAUAUGAUGAAGUUGUUUACUUUAGAAAUUCUAUCAUGGAUUUUUCAUGGGUGGGAAAGAGAAUCGAAAAGAGAAAAGCACAAGCAGUCGAUGUUUUAUCCGUGGAAAUGCCAGGAAAUCAAGUGAAAGCUUUACUUAGAGGUUUAGAAUUUACAUUGAAUCAUAAACAAAGAACAAAAGAAAAUGCAAAUUCUCUUGUCAGGUUUUUCUUGGGUUUGGUUUUUGUUGAAAUUUCUAAUUGUUCAUUCACAAAAUUUGUGAAAAAUCAAAAUUGA